UUGAGCUGGGUGGAUCCUCGGGCCUGAUCCUAUCUCAAGGAUGUUGUUCUGUGCAGUUGAAAAAAUGGCUUGUAACUUCUUUUAUCUCUUUUCCUUGCUGAGUGUGUUCCAACGCUUUAUAUCACCAUAGCGAUGGUGUCUUUUGCUGCUUUUCUCUCUCCUGUUUCUUCAUGCAUGAUGCUGAAAGCACUGAGCCCCUGUGUGUCCUGACCCCGGUCAGAGCUCCUUUCAGGUACGUUGAGCCACGGCUUCCCCCAAGGCUGUACUGGUGUCCCUGGCCUUUGCCCGCCGCUGUUCCCUGCUGUCACCCUGUCCUUCCCGCGGUCUCCGGGCUCUUUGGGAAGAGCUGCAGUGGGCGAUACCAAGCGAGGCCUUGGGAGGUGGAGGACCAGAGGCGCGGCGGAGGUAGCGCUCGGUGGGACGCGGCGCUCGGAGCCCCCUCAGCCCUCGGGACGACCCUCGCGAUUUGAACGCCGUCGACUGGUAACCAACCGCUCCGGUGCCGGCAGCCAUGGGCUCUGAGCGGGACUCCGAGUCGCCGCGGUCCUCCUCCAUCCACUCGGCCGCCGCCAAGUGCCCGAAGCCCGGCCGCCGCCGCCGCCUCUCCUUCCAGAGCGUCUUCUCCGCCGCCGCCGCCUCCGCCGCGGGCGGCCGCCGCCGCGCCAAGGCCGAACCGCCUCCCGCCGCUCCGCCGCCGCCUCCCGCCGCCCCGCCGGCCCCGCCGCCGCCCCCGCCGCCCGCCGAGGAGGCUCCGGUGGUCCCGGAGGGUGGCGGCGAGGAGGAGUUGGAGUGCCCGCUGUGCCUGGUGCGGCAGCCGGCGGAGAACGCCCCGCGGCUGCUGUCGUGCCCGCACCGGUCGUGCGGGGCCUGCCUGCGGCAGUACCUCCGCAUCGAGAUCACCGAGUCCCGCGUCAACAUCUGCUGCCCCGAGUGCAGCGAGCGCCUCAACCCCGCCGACAUCCGCCGCCUCCUCCGCGAUUCCCCGCACCUCGUCGCCAAGUACGAGGAGUUCAUGCUGCGCCGCUGCCUCGCCGCUGACCCCGACUGCCGCUGGUGCCCGGCCCCCGACUGCGGUUACGCGGUUAUUGCCUACGGCUGUGCCAGCUGCCCCAAGCUGACCUGCGAGAGGGACGGCUGCCAGACGGAGUUCUGCUAUCACUGCAAACAGAUAUGGCAUCCCAACCAAACCUGCGACAUGGCCCGCCAGCAAAGGGCACAGACGCUCCGAGUACGAACCAAGCACACGUCGGGCCUCAGUUACGGACAGGAAUCCGGGCCGGCUGAUGACAUCAAGCCAUGUCCGCGUUGCAGUGCUUACAUCAUCAAGAUGAACGAUGGGAGCUGCAACCACAUGACGUGUGCAGUGUGUGGCUGUGAGUUCUGCUGGCUCUGUAUGAAGGAGAUCUCGGAUCUGCAUUACCUCAGCCCCUCCGGCUGUACAUUCUGGGGCAAAAAGCCAUGGAGUCGUAAAAAGAAGAUUCUCUGGCAGCUUGGCACAUUGAUCGGUGCUCCUGUAGGCAUUUCCCUCAUCGCCGGCAUAGCCAUUCCUGCUAUGGUCAUUGGCAUCCCUGUGUACGUUGGGAGGAAGAUCCACAGCAGGUAUGAGGGAAAGAAAACCUCUAAGCACAAGAGGAACUUGGCCAUUACUGGUGGGGUCACCUUGUCUGUCAUUGCCUCUCCAGUCAUCGCUGCUGUCAGUGUUGGUAUCGGAGUCCCCAUCAUGCUGGCUUACGUCUAUGGUGUUGUGCCGAUCUCGCUGUGCCGAGGCGGUGGCUGUGGAGUUAGCACCGCCAACGGAAAGGGUGUGAAAAUUGAGUUUGAUGAAGAUGAUGGACCGAUCACAGUGGCUGAUGCGUGGCGAGCCCUGAAGAACCCCAGCAUUGGCGAAAGCAGCAUUGAGGGGUUGACCAGUGUGCUGAGCACCAGCGGCAGCCCCACCGAUGGGCUCAGCGUGAUGCAGGGCAACUACAGCGAGACGGCCAGCUUCGCCGCCCUCUCGGGCGGUACCCUGAGUGGCGGUGUCCUCUUGGGAGGCAAGGGGAAGUACAGCAGGCUGGAAGUUCAGGCAGAUGUCCAGAAGGAGAUUUUCCCCAAAGACUCAGUCAGCUUGGGGGCUAUCAGCGACAACGCCAGCACUCGAGCCAUGGCUGGUUCCAUCAUCAGCUCCUACAACCCCCAGGACAGGGAGUGCAAUAACAUGGAGAUCCAGGUGGACAUUGAAGCCAAACCAAGUCACUACCAGCUGGCCAGUGGCAGCAGUACGGAGGACUCUCUGCAUGUCCACACCCAAAUGGCAGAGAAUGAGGAAGAGGAGGAGGAGGAAGAGGAGGAUGGUGAGCAGGAGCAGACGUGCAAACACCAAAGCUGUGAGCAAAAGGACUGCAUUGCCAGCAAAACCUGGGACAUCACCCUGGCCCAGCCUGAGAGCAUACGGAGCGACCUGGAGAGCUCCGACAGUCAGUCGGACGACGUGCCAGACAUUACCUCGGAUGAGUGCGACUCCCCCCACUCUCAGACUGCAGCAGCCUGCCCGCAGACCCCCAAAGCUAGAGGUGCCGAGAGCCCAAGUGCCCACCUGAGCCACUGUGCCCAAGCCGAGGGCUGCAGGCUGGAUGAGAUAGUCAAACUGGAGUGCAUCGAAGCCAGAGUAUGAACUGGCCUCCUCCUGAAAAGCACACUCGCUGUCGUUGCAUCUUUUGGGGCAGGGUUGUGUCCGUGUUGGCUUCUGUUUGCGAUUCUCCAGGCGGCUCCCCAGCCUUGCCUCGGGGAGUUGCUGUUUCUUACAUGACAAAAAAGAAAAAGGAAAAAAAAAAAAAAUCCCCCGCCCUCUUUUGUUUUAAUUUAUUGGUUCAAGCUCUGUGAGAUGUGUAAGAGUGUAAAUAUGUACGUGUGUCUGUAUGUCUGCAAACAUCCUAAGGGACUAUUUGAAUAAAGACUC